CAAAGACGCUGCUCUUUCCGCCAUGAAAUUUUGCUCAUCAUCCUUUCGCGAUCAUCCAGCUGACUCUCAAUAGCCUCAGGCCUCAACCCUGAGUCCUUGCGCACUAUUGCUUUCAUUCAAUACGCUCCUCUAGCCGACGGUAUCUCUUCACAGACCAUGCAAUCCCCGUCUUCCCCUCUCGCCACCACUGGACCAAGGGCGAAGGAGGACGCCGGGGUUUCCAGCAACGUACCAAACGGAACUUCGCUCCCUGAUGGCGUAAAGAACCACGAUCCCUCGACCCACGAAGGCCCUCGACGCGACUCGGGUACUGUCGAGGAUUGCUCAUUGAAUGCAAUCGUGGCUGCCGCUGAAUUUAUUGAAAAAAAUUCGGCUGACGAUAGUGGCCAACGCUCGUCGUCCAGUAGAAAUGGCACUGCCCUGAAGCGGAAACUAUCUUCGUAUGAACCGGAAGACUUGCAGGAACAGUCCAGCGACCAAAUUCUUACCAAGGAAGUACUAGGACCUUGGUUGACGAACCUCAUCCAAAGUGCAAGGGAGCUUACCAAUCGGCCACACGGCAGCACUCUCACAAUGAGUCCUAGUCUUGACAAGACAAAACAAACUACCAGGAAGAGGUUUCCUGAUCACGGGAUGAGAGAAAUUCUCCCUGGCCUAGUUCUUGGAGACAUGCCAGCCUCAAUAUGCCCAGAAAUGCUCCGAGAAUAUCAUAUCAAUAGUAUCGUUUCGCUCUGCCAUGAGCAACGUGGUUGGAGAUCAGCAAUGAUAAGAGCAGAGAAGCCACCUGACCGUAAUAUAUUUAUCCAAUGUCAAAACUCAUUGACUCUGGACCUCCUGGUUUACAUGAGCGAUAUCUGCGACUUUAUCGAUCAAAUGGCCCCUCCAGCCUUGCAGCUAUCCCCCUGUCCAUUUUUUUCCGCUCUACCGCCCUCACAUUCGAUACUAGUGCAUUGUGAAGCUGGACGAUCGCGUUCGCCAUGCAUCAUUCUUGCUUAUCUCAUGCGAAAGUACUCCAUGAGUUACAAAGAUGCUGUAGGGUUUACCGAAAUAAAGCAAAAAGUUGAGCCAGAAAAUCCCAACCUUGCGCGACAACUUCAAAUCUGGGAGGAGGUCGGGUACAACGUAUGGGAGGAUGAGAAGAGAACGAUCCCCAAAGCGCCGUAUCAAGAAUAUCUAGAUGAUCGAGCGCGCUUACUGAACGGGGAACCGGACCUAGACGCAGUUAGAAAUGCCUUAAACGCUCGACACUCGCCCUAUCCGAUCGGGCCAAAGUUUGAGCCACCAUAUUGCUGCAAAAUGGACUACGAUUGCUCCUGCAAAAAGUUACGAAGACGCCUAAUGGUAGGCAGGACAUAACGUCCCAAUCCUCUCUCCUGUCACUGUUGUAAAUUGCUGCGGUGACUUCUGCUAGAAGCUGCCCCAUCACUCGUCAAGUGUUUGAACAUUAUUAGCAUGGAAGGUGUUCCAGGUACCGUAUCAGGUUUUGCUGUCAUGUUUUGCAUCAUCAUAA